GGUCUACAUUGUUGGUAUCGUUGUUCUAGCAGGAAGAUAGUUGGGUGAUAGUCUCGUUGAGUUGUUGAACCAGUAACUGUAAUGGCUUCAUCGGAUGACGUUUUCAAAGAACUAUUUGCUAGUAUAUACGAGCCCUUCUCUGGACUAAAUGAGAUGGAUUAUGAGCUCCAUGGUAUUUAUAUGGAUCACGAACCAGAGCAUGAGUUCGUGACUGCGCUUGAUAAAUGUAGGGACGUCUUUCUCAAUGUUCUACUUAGUGAUGAAAACUUAAGGAAUUCAAGCAUGGCUGAUGAAAUCAGAGCACAAGUUUAUCAUGCUAAUGAAUGGCAAAGUGAUGAAGAAGGUGAACAAGAGGCGGUGAAGAAUAAGUACAGAAUUCAUGAUCCAAACACACCAUGGGAUAAGAUGGAACCUAAGGUAGGUGAUAUGUUUGAGUCUCCUGCACAACUUAAGUUUUGUAUUCAAAAUUAUGGGGUGUCAAAUGGAUAUCAGAUAUACUUUGAAAAAUGUGAUAAAACUAGACUAGUUGCAAGAUGUGGGAAGAGGACAGAGAUGAAUGAUUGUCCUUUCAGAUUGUAUGCUGGAUGGAUGUACAAUGAAAAAUCAUUUCAAGUUAAAAAUUUGGUUGGAGAGCAUCGUUGCAGUAGAAGUUCAAAUUUGGAAGUCUUGUUUCCCCUGAAUGGAUAGGUAGGCAUUACAUUACUGAAAUUGCAAACACGCCUAAGAUGAAACUUAGGGACAUGAUUGCCGAUAUCAAACAAAGGUUGAGAUGUGUAGUAUCCAUUGGGCAAGUCCGUAGGGCAAAAAAAUGGGCCACUGAGUUGAUUGAAGGAAAACUAACUGAACAUUAUGCUAGGGUAUGGGGUUAU